AUGGCCUCAAAGGCCCCGGCAAAGACAACAGCGCGCAGGAUGCGCGACUACGCAGCAGCAGUUUUGACAGUCCUCAUAAAGGAUGUUGCCACGGCUGCCAACGCGACAUACCUUAAAGCCAAUGCGGCGUUCCUCGAAGCCAGACGGCGUCCUGCGAGCGUAACACGACCGCAACUCAAGCUUUUCGACUACUGGAUGAUAAUCAUCCGCAUCGUCGCCACUGGCAUCAUCACUGCCGGAAUCACACUCGGCGCAACGCGCACAUACAUCUCCAUAGGUCUCAGUCGUGUGUUUGGUGAAGAAGUGGAUGCGGAUCUCAAGCUAGCCUUCCUCGGCUUCUUCAACAAAAGUCUGGACGUGAUUCUGGUGAGCUCUCUGGAGUACAUGGCGUCUUUUCUUCUCACAGUCUGGAUGGCUCGAGCUCCUACUGUUGUGGGCGGUAGACACGGUGCGACGUACAAUGACUUUGGAUUGAAGGAUGAGUUGACGAAGCCUUGGAUGACUGUCGCCAGCUUCAUCACAAGGGGCCGGAGGUCGAGUUGGAAAUGGAGUUGGAGAAGCGUAUUUCGUUUGAUUCUUUGUCUUUGCGUAUCUAUCUCGGUUAUGCUGCAAGGUCUCGCUAUCAAUACUGUUGCGAUACCGAAGAAGCGAUGGUACCCUAACUUGCAAGCGAAAUGGGGAACGACGCCGGGCGAUCGAAAAAUUAUGCAUAUCGAGUACCCCAAAGUGCUAUUGCAAGGCGUAGACUGGGGGAAUAUGGUCGGUGUCGGUCAAUCAAACAUCGGAGGGGAAGGCUACCCUCUAUGGGACUGGGCGCUUGGCAUGUCUGCUUCUCUUACUUUUGUCGGCUUAACGCAUAUGGUGUCAACAGUUAGGGAAAGUCAGAAGGGUUGGCGACAUAUUUACGAUUACCGUUUGGACGGAGAUCCAUGGAAGCGCUGGACUGCGCUCAAUACCGAUUUCGGCCGUUCCAAUGGAGUAGUCGAGACGGUAUCAGCGGAUGAUGGGCAGAUAACGAACAUCUACGACUGGCUCAAGAAGACGAGACAUCAACCGACAUCUUCAUCUAUUGGCUGGACAGGUAACUUGACGCUAAUGCUGCCAGUGCUCAAUACAGUCUGCACGCCAAUUGUCUCCUCAAGUUCGGAGGGUUCGAUCGACGUUCAGCCGCCAGCUGAGAACGAUGCGUCUGGAGCAGUUAUCUCAAUCGACCUCGGGCCUGUUUCUUCUUUAGGCUUUACUGGCGCCGUAUGUUCCAGCACCUUUCGGCAUGGAAAGUACGCGGUUAGUGUGUGGAUUGUUGAAAGUGAAAGCCCUGAUCUCAGCUUCAACGGGUAUGGUGCUGAAUGGCAUCAAAAUAUCGUAUACGAACCAACAAUUACAAGCGACUUGGAUGUUGCCCGUGGUGUGGGGGGUCAGGCGCACGACGUCAUGCCGAGACUUGAGCCUUUGGUCCCUUCGACAGGACUGCUACCCCAAUUUCUGCUCAUGAGCCGCAAUUUGCAGACGGCUGAUCCGGUAGUCAAUUCCGACGCUAUGGGCCUGUCGAUUAUCGUUGGUGUACUGCUGCAGAACAUUCUUAGCACGAGUAAUAAGUACUGGUCUCCCCUCCCGUCGUCUUUGCCUGCUCGACCCGAGGAGAGAACCUCAUCUUACCCCAUUCAGUGGCAGCUGUAUGGAUCUAGUCCUCGUCUGAAAUGGGAGUGGGCAGCGGUCGCCAUUCUCGUGAUUGUGCUGCUGACUUUCUGCUUUGGCAUGUAUCAAACGUUGCGGUACUGGAUGGCGCCAGGCCCGUGGGUGGAGCUUGACGGUAUGAUGAUGAUUGCGCAGCAAACUCCGCAGUUGGAAAGCAUUGAAGAUGAGAAGAAGGCACAGAAGAGGAUGUACUCGGUGGAGAAAGACGGGAGUGGAGUGUUGAUACUUAGAAGUGAAGCAGGAUAG